GCAGGCGCGGCCCGGCAGCAGCAGCAGCCGCUAGCACGGCGCGCAGCGGCGAGAGGAACGGCGGGGACCCCCUGCGCCCCGACACGGACCGUGCCCAGCUCCGCCCGCGGCCGGCAGCGACGGGACGGGAGCGGAGCGACGCGACACCGCCCCCCGCCGCCCCGCGCCUGCGCACGCCCCGGAUCCGGGGUUUAGCGCCGGGGCAGCUGCGUCGUACCUGGAGCUUUCGGUCCUGUCGCCCUUUGUGCCCGGCGCAGCCCGCCCUCCCCAAGCCCGGCCCGCGGAGCCCGCGCCGCAGACAUGGGAAAAUCACUUUCUCACCUGCCCAUGCACACAUGCAAGGAAGAUGGCUAUGAUGGAGGCACAGUGUCUGAUAAUAUGAGGAAUGGGUUAGUUCACUCGGAAUCGCACAAUGAAGAUGGCAGAUGUGGAGAUGUAUCGCAGUUUCCCUAUGUGGAAUUUACAGGAAGAGACAGCGUCACCUGCCCAACUUGCCAGGGAACAGGAAGAAUUCCACGAGGGCAGGAAAAUCAGCUGGUAGCAUUAAUUCCAUACAGUGAUCAAAGACUGAGGCCAAGAAGAACAAAGCUCUAUGUGACUGCUUCUGUAAUUGUAUGUUUACUACUUUCUGGGCUGGCUGUGUUCUUUUUGUUUCCUCGCUCCAUUGACGUUGAAUACAUUGGUGUGAAGUCAGUAUAUGUCACUUACGAACAGGAUAGACGUGUAAUAUAUCUAAAUAUUACGAACACAUUAAAUAUAACGAACAACAACUAUUAUUCUGUUGAAGUGGCAAAUAUCACAGCCCAAGUUCAGUUUUCAAAAACAGUUAUUGGCAAAGCACGGCUAAACAACAUCACCAACAUUGGUCCUCUGGAUAUGAAACAGAUUGACUAUAUGGUGCCCACAGUCAUACAAGAUGAAAUGAGCUACAUGUUUGACUUCUGUACUUUAGCAUCUAUCAAAGUGCAUAACAUAGUAGUGAUGAUGCAAGUGACGGUGACAACCUCUUACUUUGGCCACUCUGAGCAAAUAUCGCAGGAGAGAUACCAGUAUGUGGACUGUGGAGGAAACACAACCUACCAGCUGGGCCAGUCAGAAUAUUUAAAUGUACUUCAGCCUCCACAAUAAAAGCACCUGUUGGUUAGUGUGGAAUGACUCCUGUUGAUGCUGGCAGAGAUCCUGUGAAUAGGACUGGUACUACAUGAAGGGGAGAGUAUGCGCAUGUAAAACAUAGUGAACGUGGUGACCUGUUCGCUUUAGAUGCAAGGAGGGAAAAGGUGCAAAAUGUAUAUAGGUGCACUUACUAAAUGUUGUGUUUUCCCCUUCUGUUUGCUUUCUAUUACUGUAAGCACUUCUGUCAAGUUGUGUGGUGGUAGGGAGAGGGGGAGUAUCAGAUUCUUGAACUGAAUUGGGACCUUUCCUUACAGUGUGGUACAUCAACUUAGAGUAACUGUGUAUGUCCUAUGUUUAGGUGAAAUGUGUCACUAAUGAGCAUUUUAGAAAAACUGAUACUCAUAGAAUUUAAGUUUAUACUUCAGUUCUUGAUAUUUGACUAUUGCAACUGGCAGUAUUACUACUUGAGUAACAAGAUUACCUUGAGGUAUCUGGGUGUGAAACUUCUAUUAGUAACCCAGUGGUGAUAGGCCUUUAUUUUAGGAUUCUACUUUUUGUUUGCUAUACAUGAUUAGGUGACAUGCAGUCUGUGAAAGCCAGGAAAGCUCUCUUGGAUGACACUAUACUUAAAUGUGCAACUUUUAGAAUCUGGCAUCUUUUCAUUCAUAUUCCCUCCUGCUACCUCUGGGACUUUAUAAGGAGAAUGUAUAUUGUUAGAUUUAAAGUUAGGUGUAAAAACAACAAAAAAACCAACCCCCAGAAUCAUUGCUGACAAAGGAAAAAUUCAAGACUGUAAAAAAAAAAAAAGAAGAAUUUGACAGUGUCUUUCUACUUUGAUUUUUAGUAAACUUUUGAAUACAGCUGUUAAAAUCAAGAUUGUGCAGUUGGAACUAGGUGGGAAACUGUUUGAGCAUGGGUUUGGGCAGAUUGAUGUAAAUUUUCAUAAUUUUUAUUGUUUUAAUACACUGUGUAUCUAAGCUACUUGUAAAUGUUAAUGUGUUGGGGUGUGUAUAUAUAGUGCGCAAGGCUCAGUAAGCAAUGCAGUAGUUAUCCGAAUCUCCAGGGCACUCACAGUUCACGUCAAAGUUAUGUAAGGGAGAAUAAAGGAAUUCUUUCUCUAAGAGUAAGUGUUGAUGUAAUCUUGAGACUGACUUAUUAACAAAGCUAUUAAAUAAUUUCAGUAGGAUAGUUUGCACAGUGAGAAUUUCCGGGAUUAUUAUCGAAUAUGGUGAUUGUAAAUUUUGGGUCCAAAGUUGCUUAACUUCUGAAGGCUGACUGUUCUAAGGGUUAAGUAUUAAACUUUUUAAUUAACUACAUCAGGAUUGUUUUAUUUCUGAAUUAGAUAAGAUGCAGCUGUAAGAAGGUACUAUUGAGACUAUUGCAUUGUAAUGAAUAUAUAUUUUUUAAAAAUAGAUGUUGCAUUUUUUUAUGCUGUCCAUCUCCUGGAAAUAAGCUAUAUAAAAUGAAUUAGCAAUAAACACUAUGGAAAAAGGCUGCUGAGUAACUUCUUGCAACUAACAAUCUCUUAUGCUCCAGUACUUCAGUGAAGAUACAUGUUUAUAUUACUCUGUUCUUUAUCGGCCUUUCUUAGGUGGACCUAAUUGGGUGGGUGUUGGGAAAGAAUAGCAAUGACAUAAGACUGAUUUAAAAGAAAUUAAGUCACCAUACCAAAAAACCCUCCUCUGCUUGAAUUGCUAUGAGCACUUAUUCUGAAUGUCUAUGAAAAAUUUUGGAACCUAAACUGUCCGUUUCAUGUCAUUCUUGGUAAGAUGAAGAUGUCAGCUUUUGGCUUUGGAGAACUCUGAAACUGGAAUAAUCAAUUCUGAUCACUUAUUGUAGUUAUAUUCCGAAAAUUAUUCUUGAAUCUGGGCACUUAAAAAUAAACAUUCUUUAUUACAGCUUACAAUCAUAAGGGAAACUAGUUCACAAUUGACUCCAGUCUUCCUAGAGUAUAGAUGGGGUUCAGUCCUGCGGCUGAUAAAAUGCGUGCAGAAGCUUGUCUGAUAGUCUGAAAAGAUACAGGUGAUAACUAAAGACCAGGAUAGUGGGGACCUAGCUAGAAGCGGAGAGGUAAACUUGCCUGUUAUCUGUUGUAGAAAGAUUUGCUUCUAUUGGAGAGUAGGGAGAGAAUUCUAGUUUAAAGUGUGUCAGAUCUGAAGUCAGCCAGCAAGUGAUACAUGUUUUUUUUCUUCUAGGCCUAAGUAUUUACACCUAGAGAAUUGGUUUUGUUUAGUUGGUUUUCAGUGGGUGGUUUUUGUUGGAUGGGUUUUGGGUUUUUUUUUUUUUUAAGUAGAAAAGAAAACAGCUCUAGGCAGUUAUUUAUAUCAAUUUAAAACAUUUUUUUCUUCAAAGGAUAAAAGGUAAUCUAAAGUAACUGGAAUGGUAAGAUGAUAACAUUAUUUGGUUACAGUAGCAAAUGCUGCUUAAACAAGCCUGGGGGGGGAGGUUACACUGUUUAUGCAGUGUUCAAACUCAGACUGACCUUUGAAAGUUUGGCAGACAUGCUGAGCAAAAUAAAUACUUAAAUCUGUGCAUUUUACGUUGCAUGGAAUGCUUGGUAUUGGCUAAUUUAGAAUAAAGAAUUGAGUGGAAUUAUUUUGGCGUACGUGGCGGAAGGGGGAAGAUACAGCUUUUGAUGUCCAUUAUCUGGGAUAUCUAAUGGAUGCAAACUUUAACACCAUCAAUUUGUGAUAGACUUACUGACUAAAAGUUCUUAAAAAAUAAAGGGUGGGGUAAAGAUCCUAUUGAUGAAUCCUCAAAUUAGGUCGGUUACAGGAGAAUCAAAGGUUUAAGGUUUUACAUAUGCUAGUAUGUCCCAGCAUAUUACUAACCAAACAAGACAAGUAUUUGAAUUUAACUACUAAUUUUAAUAUAAUAUCUUGUCAGAGAAGCAGGUAAGCAUCUGUUUGAAUACUUAACUCAGACUUGAUUUCUGUGACUGAGCUUGGAAACACGCUAAGGGAGCAAAGUCAGUCAGUAUUAACUUGUAUAACUUUCUAAACAAGCUACGAGAAUAGAUCCAAGUGACAGACCUGUAAUUAUUUCACAUUUAUUUUUUAUCUUGAUUUUUUUUUUAAAUAAAAAAGGCAAGUCUUUCAGUUCACUGUAAAUCAAUAAGUACAGAUUCUCUCCAGAAGGUCAGCUUGAGGAAUCACAAAUUUUUCUGGUUUGUUUUUGUGUAUGUAGGAUAGUUUCUGAAGGACUUCUUCUGAAGUGAUUUAUAUUUCACUUGUAACUUCCCCAUCAUCUUUGAAUACUAUCAAAUACAUAUAUACUGGCAUUGUAGUGUUGUUUCAAGGGAUUUAUUUCUAGUAUAAUUCUUCUCACUUGAACUCUUUGUAGCAAUUCCUGUACCAAAAUGUUUUGCACUUUAAAAUGGAAGCUCUGUUAGUUACCUCUUAAAACAGUGGUCCAGAUAUUGCACUGUAAUGGCACAAUUCAAAAACAAAACUUAAUGUAUUUUGUAUAGAAUAACUCUAAAAUUUCAAAAUUGUAACUUCAGGUAAAAUAAUAUCGAACACUUAAAUGUGUAGAAAAUACUGGUUAUUUGGCCAUUCUGACCUAGGAACAAAAUUAUUUUUAAAUUUAAAGAUGAUGCUUUAAAAAUAAAUGACUGAAUAAAGCCACCAAACAAACUCAAAGAUCUAACCAUUAAAUACACAUUUGGAGACACUUAAAGGAAAGUGCUUUUCCUAAAAGAUGUAGUACCGGACAGUCUUGAAUUCCUGGUGUAGGGAAAAGCCUGUAGAAGCUCACUCACAAUUUGUUGCUCAUCUUGAUAUGUAGGGAUAUGUUGCUUAAUUCUUUAUCUUUUGUGCAGACAACCAGAAAUAUGUUUUUCCUGUGUGGUAUAGCUUUGCAGUUCUUAAUACACUCUGAUGUGUGUGUGACCUUGAUAUUAACGUUGUGGUGUUUCUAUUUUGCAGCCUUAUGUUGGCAGACCUAAGUACAUGCCUUAGUUAACUUUGCUUCAAAUUGUCCUUGAAGUUCUGCAAGUGAAUACAUUUUUUCAUAGUAGUAAAUUGCAAACAUGACUGGCCUUGUUAGCUUCAUACACCACACACUAAACGUUUAAGCAUUGAAUCGAAGUGCUUGGAUUGAACUGUUCAGAUCUUUAACCAUCUGAAGUGGUGUACCCUCAGGAUGGAAAGGAUGGUGCUUGGAGUAGUAUGAGAGAGAUCUCUAGAUUCAGAAAAUGCUAAAAGAAAAAUAGCGUUAUUUCUUACUCAGCAUUUAAGGCUUCCUUUUAUUUUUUUUUUUUUUUUUUUGUGGUGGCGAUGAGGGGGUUAGUUGUGGUUUUGCUUUUCUUCCCACCCCCCAAAUCUGUAGAGGGUCAUCUGUUCCCAGAUGCCAUCUUCUGAAGUGAGUGACUUGUUUCAGAGUUAGGCUGCUAUGUUAACCUUAAUGUCAGUUGAACUGGACUUUUGAGAGUUAAGUAAGACUAGCAGUAAUAUCUCUAAGAACUGAAUUUUUUACUUGCCUAACAAAAUGCCACAACCCUUGCAAUGUUUAGAGGCUUACUAUUACUUGUGAAAGGGACAGUUAAGUAAUGUACGUGCAGCCAAUAUACUUCAUUAAUGGACUACUGCAACCACAAAAUGUUUGCUGAUGUUGGCCCUGAUCAUGCCAAAAAAUCUAGUUUCUUUUUAAAUUUUUUUUUUCUUCAUGGGAGGAGGAAUAAAACCCAAGCCAAAACCCAACCGAAACAUGUUGAAAACAAUAAUUUGGAUAUGGCAAAAGGAUCCAGUGUUUGUCUACUUGAGAAGUCACCUUCCUAUUUUACUUUUAGCUGGGGAAUUCUGGUCGUUACCAGAGAGGUAGUUUGGGGUAGUUUGUUCCGCUGCCCCACAGCUUCUGCCACGUAGACCUGCUUUUCCGCCUGUGGGCAUGCCUGUUGGACAGCACGGUUGUCUGCAAGGAACCUGUACGAUUAAAGUUGGUGUCAGGCCCUGCAGCGUAGCGUGAGGCUGUUCGGUGGCAGUAACAUACCGAUCCUCUUACUGCCCUCUUCCACCAGCCGUCAUGAGGGUCUUACAACCUGGGUGGUCUUUUGGGUAAUGAAACUGCUUUUGCUUUGCAUGGGCAGGGAUAUUUAGUGCCAGACAUGCAAGUAUAUUAUGGUGCCUGAAUAUUUUGGGUCUGAGGGUCAGUGAUUUAGUUCUUUUUUUUUUUUUUUUUCUGUUUAAGGAAGCAAACUUAACCACUGUUAACAUCCACUGUACAGAGUGUGCAUACAAUAGCUUGAUAUGUAUAGAAAUACUAAUGAGUGAUAACUAUUUUUGUAACUUAAGAAUUGUAAACUGUUGUUCUUGUAACUGUGUAGCAAACAAUCUAUCAACUUAAGCAUGAUAAACACUAUAAGUCAAGAGGUAUUUGGGAAUGACUUGUAGGACACAAGCUAUCUUAAUGUAAGUUAACUUGGACAAGGGAUCUUGUUAUUUAGAGGUUUCAAAAUCUGGAGUUAACUUCAUUAUAUGUUUCUAGACAGGAUUGUUUGACUCAAAGAAUGGUAUUAAAUUUUCUAUAAAAAAGCUUGGGUUAUGUAUCUCUUUUUUUUUUUUUUUAAAACUGACGUAGUAUUUUUCUCUCCUCCUUCCCUGUCUCCCACAAGUUUUCACCUCUGUCUCCCCCUGUUUUCCCCACAAGCUUUCAUGCAUUUUCAAUGGUAUGAUUUCAAUUUUUGUAACUAUUGGCAUUUCAUGAUGUAAAAAAUUUGCAAUCUACUUUUUUUAAAUAUGUUUUACUGUAUUAAAUCUGUAAUAAACUGGAGUACCUGAAAG